AAAAGGCUCUUUCAUCUUCUCAACAGUCAACAACACAAGUCCUCCUUUUCUCAUAUACUUCUCACAAGACAAGACAACAACGUUGUUGUUUAUGUUUCUUCUUCCUCUGUUGUUCCAAACAACAAUAUGUCAUCGAUUUCACAAGGUCUUGUCUUAACAACAGCUAUGGUUCUUUCAACCACCGUUCUUUACCUUACUUUCUGUAAACCAAAACCAUCCUUUCAAAUUCAUGAAACCGAAAAUUCCCAGGAUAAACUGAUUCUACGAUCUUGUUUAUACUCAGAUGAAAAGAAGAGGGAAAAAAGAAGGAAGAAGAAAAAGGUAAAGUUUUCCGAAAAUGUGAUGGUGAAGGAAGAAGAAAGUGAAAGUAAUGAGGAAAUUAUAGAAAAACAGGGGAAAAAUGAAAACAGAGUAUCGAUAAAUAAAUGCAGAAAUGAAAUUCGUGAAGAACGUGGAAUGCCAGCGAAUAGAAUUGCUUUGUAUAAUGGAAUUUUAAGAGAUAGAGUUCAUAGAAUCGGGUCAUGUCACUGAUCAUCAUCAUCAUUAUCCUUUUGGAAAUUAGAAGUUAGAAUUUUCAGGGUAUGUAAUUGCUCUGUUUUCUUUUUAUUUAUUUUAGAACAAGUGCUGGGAACAAUAUUUGAAAGUUCACGAAAAAAGGGUUGGGAUUAUGGAGAGGGUGGUCUUAUGAGAAAAAGGGGAAGAAGUUGGAAAAGAAAUAUAAUGUAUUUUUGUGGUUGUAAAUAGUUGCUUGAUUUUGUCCAACUCAUACCAAUUUUAUGAGUGAAAUCAAUAUAUACCUGAAACAAUAAUUGAAUA